UAAAGUUGAGUGAAGUGGUUUGUGUUUGAGACCGAACGAGGUUAUGGCGCGAGGCUUGAUCCUGUCAUCACCAACACUACUCACUGCAAAUUCUCUAUUUACAUCUUUCUCCAAAACCCCUUCAAAAAGUUUCAAACUUUCACCCUUUUCUUACCUUCUCCACCAUCGCCAUUAUCCCAAAUCUCCCUCAAUUUCAUCAUCAUGUGUUUGUUCUUCCUCUUCCCAACAAUGCUCAAUCGACAUCUCCAAUUACAGACAAGCAUUCUCCAACCGAAUGGACAUGGCUGGAAUCAAACCCCAUCACAGAAUUGCUUUGGGUGUCUCUGGUGGCCCUGACAGUAUAGCACUCUGUGUGUUAACUGCUGGAUGGAAAACUGCUGGUGUUAAUUCUGUUGGCACUGACCAUAGUGGUUUCAUUGACGGUCUGUUGGCGAUAAUUGUUGAUCACGGACUACGUGUGGAGAGUAAAGACGAGGCUAACGUUGUUCGUAAACGUGUUUCUGAAAUGGGAAUCAGAUGUGAGAUUGUCAACUGUGAUUGGCCAAGUGGCAAGCCAAAACAGGGUCAAUUGCAAGAAGCUGCUCGUGAAAUGAGGUACCAAGUCUUUCAUGAUGUUUGUGCCAAACAACAUAUUGGAGUGUUGCUUAUUGCACAUCAUGCUGAUGACCAGGCCGAGUUAUUUAUUUUAAGGCUUUCUCGAAAUAGUGGUGUGCUUGGACUUGCAGGCACACCUUUCACCUCCCAGAUUUUCCCUAUGCAAACACAUUCAUACGGUGAAGUUCCGGCAAAUUAUCAAGGUAUCCUUCUUGUGCGUCCGCUUCUGGAUUUUUCAAAGGAAGAUAUGUACAAGGUAUGUCAAGGUGGUACUAAAGAGUGGGUAGAAGACCCAACAAAUCAAAGCAUGUUGUUCACCCGCAAUAGAAUACGAAUGGCACUGAAUCAUAUGUCAUCUUUAGCAUUCAAGCAUGAACUCCAAAGAGUGAUUUCUGCAUGUCGAAAAACACGUGCAUAUGUCGAUCAAGUUUGCCAAAGCUUGAUACAUCAAGCUGUGGUUAUCAAUGGUCAUGGAUACGCCGCUAUUGAUUUACAGAUUCUUUGUCCUUCAAAAAUUGAGGACAUAUGCUUGAUGAAGUUUCUUUCCUUGGUCUUGCAGUUUAUAUCACAAAGACAGAGGCAAAUAAGAGGUAGUGCUUUGAAAUUGCUAAUGGACUACAUACGUGCUUUUCCGUGCAAGAACUCGAUCACCGCCGCUGGUUGUUACCUUUGUCCGGAUCCUGGUUCUAGAGGGUCCAGAGUCCUGGUUUGCUGUUCUUUUGACUUUGCUUUGCCCUUAAAGAUGGAAUUUUUCGAGACGCACGCUUUCAGACAACAAGAGUUUUGUGUUAUCAAUGAGUUGGGGAAGAUUAUAGAGGAUGGAAAAUCAUGUGCAAAUCACUUGGUUCUAGAUUCAUCAGAUAUCCACUUUUUGGAUGCGAAUCAUGAAUCAGUUCUGGAUGAAGCUAAAAGGCUAAACAUAACCAGUGAAUCAACCUACAGUAGCAUCCGAGUACUGCAGAAACAGGAAACCGAUCGCUUCAGGUCUAAAGUUGGAGCCGUUUUUGAAUCUGCAUCAAAGCGCGAAGAUGAAGUUGUGACCACUUUUGGCAAAUCACUUCAACCGGGGAAGUCCUGUUACUUCAUGGAUCGAUUCAUUCUAACGUGGAAGUUGAACAAUAAACUGGAUACCGACAUGGUUUCUGGUUUAGUUGAUUAUGAUCAAGCUCUUGAAGUGCGGCACAUGAUUGAAUCCGAUUGGCUGUAUCUUGCCGAGUUAUCCAAGUAUUCUCUAUCGGAAAACUUCACAGAAUAUGAGGUUAUGUCAGCUAAUGGAAACACAACGACGAAGGAGAAAACAGCUCCUCCAUAUUUGCACUAUGCCAGUUUAUCAGCAAAAAAGGCUCUAGUUUUGUUAAAAUCUAUCCCAGUUGCUGCAAGGAAAAGCUUGCCUGUUCUGAUUAAUCAAGACGGAAAAUUAAUAAGCAUUCCAAGUGUCAAUUUCAGGCAAUGCCCUUGUUUGAUGGUGCAUGUGGAAUUUAAGCCAAAAAUUCCACUUGGGGGAGGUCACAGGUCAUUCAUAUAAAAAAACUAGAGACAGAAUACUAAAUAUCAUGAUUGCGAGGAUAUUUUUGUGGUUUGAAGUGCGAGAAAUUAUUGAAACCAUCUUUGGCACCACACAUUUCAAGUUAACCGAAAAGGGAAUGUCGAAAUGGAAGAAAGUUCUAGCCACGGCCACCAGUGACCACAAAUUGCGCGUAACACCCGAGCUUAUUGAUUUCCAUGCUUUGAUGGCGACUACUGACAGAUCCUUUUAGGCAAGCUGGUAAAAGGGGAGAUGGAGAUUUCUGAAGUGAUCAUCAUGGAAGAUGCUUAACAAAUUCUGCAAGGAAUUUAAAUUGGUUUUUGUUCGAUGUUCUUCAUAUAUUUAAGCUCUUGUACAUUAAAUUUCAUACAAAUAGAAGUGGAUUCUCAGGUUGUGGCAAAUCUCUUCAACCACCAAGAAGGUUAUCUACUUCUAAUCUUAUUAUGGAGUCAAUAACUUCUUAUGGCAUCAAAAUGAUGAGUUGCUCAAGUUGAUUAGUUUUUUUCCCUAUAUUUUUUCAAAUUCCAUUAUUUGUUCAUCUUAUUGUGACAGAAAUAUAAAGUAUAAACAAAAAAUUGUGUUUACCAAACUUUGACUUUAUAGUUAUUCCUGAUGUUUAGGUAGAUUAGAAUUGACAACAUGGCUGGACGGGGUCAUGUUUUACCGUCCCCAAACCCGAACCUACUAAUAUUUGUUGGAUCACGAUUUUAACAAGUUUGCCACCGAAGAAAUUACCGGGUCGAGUCGCGGAUCAGUACGCUUUCUUUAAGACGUUUCGCGGUACUGCCCAAAUUAUGCAAAGCAGCUCUUAAUAACCACGACGCCUCCAGGAUAAAACAGCCCAGUUCUAUACUAUACGAUUACUACUUGCACCGUAGAUAAUCGGUCU